AUGUGGAAGUUACAUAAUAGUUUGAGAGUUCUCCCAUUUCAAAGGGGAAUUUUAGGAGCAGUAAAUCCUACUUCUUUGCAGUUUAAUAGUAUUGAAAGUCAUCGCCGACAGGAUCUGUUACCAAUCCAUCAUGAGAGAAAUCAGGCAAGCGUAUUUCUACAUAGUUACAUGCGUACACUCAGAUGGAGUAAAACAAUGCAUCAUAACAAAUUCGCUUUCAUUCAGUCGCGUCAUCUCAGUUUAAAACCUGCUGAUGUUGUGAAUGCAGCGCCCUCAACGAUCCAACCAUAUCUCAAAUUAAUGCGAGCUGAUAAACCGAUUGGAACGUGGUUGCUCUACUUGCCGUGUACGUGGAGCAUCAGCUUAGCCGCUCAACCUGGAAGUCUCCCAGAUUUCUACACAUUGGCACUGUUCGGGUUAGGUGCGUGGGUGAUGCGAGGCGCUGGGUGUACCAUUAAUGAUAUGUGGGAUAGAGACUUCGAUAAGGCUGUUACACGUACUCAGGAUAGACCAAUCGCAGCAGGUGAUGUCUCCAUGUACCAGGCUCUGGCAUUCCUAGCAUUGCAGCUGUCAGUUGGACUCUCUAUCCUCCUUCAGUUAAACAACUACAGCAUAGUGCUGGGUGCUUCAUCACUGGUUCUAGUUGCAUCUUACCCAUUAAUGAAACGAGUCACAUUCUGGCCCCAGGCAUUCCUGGGAUUGACUUUCAACUGGGGAGCCUUGUUGGGUUGGGCUGCUAUUCGCGGCAGCUGUGAUUGGAGCGUUGUUUUACCUUUGUAUAUUUCAUGUAUUGCAUGGACUCUUUUUUAUGACACGGUUUACGCACAUCAAGACAAAGAUGAUGAUGUUUUGAUUGGUGUAAAAUCAACGGCGUUGUUGUUCGGUGAGAAAACCAAACCAUGGUUGGCAGGGUUUGCUUCUGUCUUUGUGGGAGGGUUAACAGUCACUGGGAUUAUGACGGAACAGACUUUGCCGUAUUAUGCUGCGGUCGGCCUCACAAUGGCUCACUUGGGGACUCAGAUAGCCACGCUUGACAUUAAUAAUGGUGACGACUGCUGGAAGAAAUUUCAGUCUAAUAAACGACUUGGUUUAAUCAUUCUUUGUGGAAUUGUUGCUGGAACAUUAGCCAAAGUGUCUAAAGAUGACAAAUAUAAAAAAGACAAUCUGUCCAAUAAACAACCCUAA